GCUCCUGUGUGUUUCCUAGAGACAAUGAAGGCUUCUGGAGUUAAGAUGACCAAGACAACCAGGUUGGGUUGCCCAGAAAGGAGAAGAACCAGGGCAUAUUCCAUCUGCAUCUACAGACUGCAGAAGGGGCUCAAUGUUGAGUGCAGACCCGUUUCCAUCCCUGCACGCACCAGUGCCUUGGUUCUGUACAACGUGGGACUGGAAGCAGCACGGCUCUCCAAGUUCAACAAGCGUGGUGCCAUCACCACUGAGGAGGUCUGCUUGGCCAUGGAGCUGCUGCACCCAAAGAAGCGUAGCAGCCGUGAAGGAGCCUGACCUCAGUCUCUAAUACUCAGUGUGUGCAUUUUAAGUGUUUUUAUGAAUUAAAAUAAAGUUCAUUGAACAUGAACUGUGACUUUUUCUAGGGAACCACGAGUUCUAAUGCUAAGAGGAUAAGGCUUCCUGUUCAAGUAGUUGAAUGAGUUGGCAUGGUCUUGGUGUGUGUGUGUGUGUGUGUGUGUGUGUGUGAGAGAGAGGGUACCCAGGUCUUAACCUUCACUCAUCAGUGAUCUGUUGACUUACAGAAUUUGCCUCAAAGCAGCCCAGUUCUGAUUAAUUUCUCUGCAUCUCAGACUUCAAGUACAACAGUUCCUUCAUCUCUAGGAGUUCCCAUGUGUUGCAGCAAUUUUUGGGGUUUUGGAGGAGGGUCAAUAGAGGUCUGGGGAAACUCCCUUUCAGAAAGGCGCACCUGAAGCUCAGCCCAUAUAUCCUCUACCUCAGGAAGUAUAUCAGCUCCUUGGGGUUUUUUUUUUUUUUUUUCUUCUAAAUCUCUCCAACACUCUCUAGAGAGAAUAAAACCAUUCCCUUUACAGGUCAGUAUAGACUUCCUUCUAUUAGUGCCCUUUCUGAUAGUACAUUCUGUCACUUGCUGUUGUAGCCUCCUGCACUUUCCCCACAUGGGUCAAUAGUCUUCUUAAACCUCUCCGGUCAUGGCUUGCUAACAGGCACUUCCCAGUGGUACGAAUGGACUUACAAUGUCAGGGUUGGUAUUAAUGUAACAUUGCUGCUGGGAGUCAGUAAGAGAUCUUUGUCUUCUGCCUGGAACCCAGCAGUUAAGCAGCCGUGGAGAGAGUGGGAAUUUCGUUCGUCAUUCUGGCAGCAUCAACCGCGUUUGUACUAUGACAGGGCUUCGCUCCUAUUCUCACAAGGGGUAAACUGGUGUGUUUUGUAAUUUACCUGUUACGUACGUGAAGGGAUCGGUCACAUUUUUGCCCAUCUUUAAGAAGAGCGUAUCAGUCCAUCCAGAGCAACGUCACGACUUAAAUGCCUUUACUUCUGCAUGUGAUGUGAAUGUAAAAAAACAAAUUUAAAAAAAAAUUAGGUGUAAACCUCUUGCUUGUUUUGCUCUUUCAACAGCCUAUGAAACUUCAUCACCGGUUGCCUUGUUGAAUUUUCCUCUCAGUCUCAAACACUUUGGUAUCCAUGGCAACCUAGUCUCUAUCCCUGAGCUGCUCUGCUGUUCUGUGUUUCUGGCCUUUUUAGUUCACCAAAAGUGAUGUACAGCAUGACAUAAAAUAUUUAAUUAGUUUGCCCCUCACUGUUUUUAUUAAUAUUUGAUUUUUUUCUUUGUCCUGUUUGACUUGAGGGUUUCCUCUGUUCUCUAGCCAUUUAACAGUAUAUAUAAUCACAUACAGAUGUUUAGAAACUGGGAGAUUCGAGGCAGCGGAGACAGAAUUUUGCAAAUCUUACAACGAAUUAUGCAGGAAAUGACCGAAACGAUCUUCCCACCAUUAUUUGAGAUUCAUGGCUUUGGGAAAGACCUUCCUUCACGCAGGACAGUUUCAGCAGGUGCUUGGAUCCUUCCCCCGGAAAAUAAAUAUUAUACAGGCUCUCUCUCUCGCCAUUGUUCUGUGGCCGGUGUGUUUGUGCUUCCAGAGACACUUAACAGAGGAGGCGUUCAAAGGCACUCUCUCGCAGAUGAAAGUGGGGGGAAAAAGAGACGUACGUGGAGACUUUGCACCCGUGCGCGGGGGACUGCUGCAGCGGCUUUCGUUUCCCGGGACGACGUGCGUAACGGGGCGCGACGGAAGCGGGAUCUGCUGUGAUCUGCAGUGAAACUCGUGUCUGUCUUUUAAAGGUUCUGCCGAAAGUACUCGACACUCCGGCCCUCCUGAGAUGUUCCGUGAUCAUCUUGAUGAUCUUUUAGAUUGCGCUUCGUGUCGACCGGGCUUUGAGCAGAACGCCGUGAGACUCCGAGCCGAGGAGGGCGAGCAGAUGAAGCUACGGAGCCGGCUCUCGUAAACAUGGGAUGCGGCACUUCCGUCGCCACGGAGAACCAAGGGAAAAUCUCAGAGAAAGAUGAGUCCAUAAAGGCUCCCAGUCCAGCACUAACCAUGAAAGCGGCCGUCUUGAUUCAGCGCUGGUACAGGCGCUACAUUGCUCGGCUGGAGAUGAGGCGACGGUACACCUGGAGCAUCUUCCAGUCCAUCGAAUACGCUGGGGAACAGGAGCAGCUGCAGCUCUCCAGUUUCUUUAGCUUUAUGCUGGACAACUUCACACAACUCAGUGGGAAUGGCCCAGACUUGAUCUCCAACCUUCUGGAGCCCGAGGUGUCAGAAGGGAGCAGAGGGGCCCAGUUCGAGGGAAUCCUGGUGUCCGACUCAUACUGCGGCCCCCGCUUGUCCUUCCCUCUGACUGUGUCUGAUACCAACGCGUUGCUCGGUGCCUUCAAGGCUCAGCAGACUCUGCAUGCCAGGUACCUGUUGCAGUUGUUACACGAGACAAAGAAAUUCUUGAAGCAGAUGCCAAACAUCAUCCGCUUGUCGACAUCCUGCGCCAAGGAGAUCACCAUAUGCGGUGAUCUUCACGGAAGGCUAGAUGAUCUGUUACUCAUAUUCUACAAGAACGGUCUUCCCUCGACAGAAAACCCUUACGUGUUCAACGGGGACUUUGUGGACCGUGGGAAGAAGUCUGUGGAGAUCCUCGUCGUCCUGUUCGCCUUCCUGCUGGUGUAUCCGGACCACAUGCACCUGAACCGGGGCAACCACGAAGACCACAUCAUGAACCUGAGAUACGGAUUUACGAAGGAAGUUAUGCAGAAGUACCGGGUCCAUGGAAGGGAGAUCCUACGACUGUUGCAGGAUAUCUUCAGCUUGCUACCUUUGGCAACUAUAAUUGAUGACAAGGUGUUGAUUGUCCAUGGCGGCAUCUCCAAUAUGACGGACCUUGACUUUGUUGGCUCGAUCGAGAGACACAAGGUGAAAUCUGCUCUGAGGCUGCCAAGGCAGAGCUUCGACCACAUGGGGCUGGAGUGGGAACGUAGGGAGGCAAAAGGUUAUCAAGACACCCAAAGCUCAGGAAGAAGCAGAGGCGAAACGACACGGAAGAGGCGGAGUCGUUCGAGGAAGAAUAGCAGCGGCUCUUCCUCGUCUUCAUCCUCUUCCUCCUCCUCCUCCUCACUCUGCUCUCCCUGCGGCUCAUUGCACCCUGGACCCACCCCGCUCCCUUCUCCCGGGCUGCUCGGUCGCACAGACAUUCUCCAGGUGCCAUUCCUGGACUCCGUCGUUGCCAUGGCAACCCCACACUCCAGGGAGGAGGAGGAGUGGAAGCAGGUUGUGGACCUUCUGUGGAGUGACCCGAAGGGCCAGAACGGCUGCACGCCCAACACGUUCCGCGGCGGCGGCUGCUAUUUCGGUCCGGACGUGACCCGCCGGCUGCUCCAGAAGCACGGCCUCCGCUUGCUGGUGCGCUCACACGAGUGCAAGCAGGAGGGCUAUGAACUAUGUCACGACGACCAGGUGAUCACAAUUUUCUCCGCCUCCAACUACUACGAAGAGGGCAGCAACCGCGGGGCGUACCUGAAACUGGGCCCAGACCUGGUGCCGCGGUUCUUCCAGUACCAGGUCAGCCGAUGCACCAGGAAGCUCACCUUGCACCAGAGGGUGAGCGUGGUAGAGAGCUCCGCUCUAAAAGCCCUUAAGGAGAAGCUGUUUGCCCAUCGCUCCGAGCUGAUGACGGCCUUCCAGCAGUACGACGAAGACAGCAAAGGCUACAUCUCCACCAGCGACUGGGCAAAGGCUAUGGAGUCAGUCCUACGGCUGGACCUGCCCUGGAGGACCCUGCGUCCACGUCUAGCCCGUCUGACCCCAGAUGGCAGUGUGGAGUACCAGUCUUGCUUUGAGGACGUCUGCCCAGGCCAACCCACCAUUCAGAUUUCACCAAACUUGGCUGAAACUCUGUAUCGGUACCGAACUGACCUGGAGAUCAUAUUCAAUAUUAUUGACAAAGAUCAUUCAGGUCUCAUCUCCAUCGACGAGUUCCGCCAGACGUGGAAGCUGUUCAGCUCGCACCUGAAUGUGGACGUAGAUGACCGCACCAUCGAGGACCUUGCACGUACAAUAGACUUCAACAAGGACGGCAGCAUCGACUUCAACGAGUUCCUCGAAGCUUUCCGCGUGGUGCACAAGCUAGACGGCAAGGAGAAGCAGCAGGGCUGAGAUGUGGGUACGGUUGCUGUGGGAACGCAGGAAGAUGGUGCACAACGGGGUCCAUGCCCCAAAUAAAAGCGGGAGCCAAACUGCCGUGGUCUUCAUUUCCUUCACCUGGUGGUGUAGCUAUGUCUCUCCAGAGCUUAGUGACUCUGCCCAGUACUGCUGGUUGUCCUGAACAUUACAAAGUACAAACUUUUCUGGCCAAGUCCACUAGGUGGCAUACUGGUUAAAGACAUGAACUUGUGAUAAAAUAGGUUAUGUCUUAGCCUAUGGGCAGUACGGCGGCACAGUGAGUAGGACAUGGGUUUGAUCUCCGCUCAGUCUAUGU